AGUUAGUGUAUAUAGCUAGAGAGAACAGAGACACACUCAGAGGUUUCUGUCACUCUGAGUUAUUCAUCCACCAACAUCAUGACUGGAGGAGCUGUUUUCCUGGGACUCCUGCUUAUUUGUGUGGCUGCAGAUGCAGAGCAGAUGUCUGGCCACAUGAUAAAGCCUUCUUGUCCCACCAUGGAUGAGAUUGUGGCGUGCCCACUGAACCUUGCUCCUGUAUGUGGCAGCGAUGGAAACACUUAUGCCAACGAGUGUACCCUGUGUGUCCAGAGACAAUUAACCAAGAUGGACAUUUUGAUCGCCAAGGAGGAGAGCUGCUGAUCUGCACAGGUGGUGAUGUCACCUCCAAAGUGACCAAGCAGGAUCUGAUUGUGUCCAACAACUGGAUCCUAACUGUCCUAAAUGUUUUUGUCUAAAUGCCACAAGCAAUAAACGUCUUUCAGCAGUAAA